UUUAUUAUUUAUUAAAAAAAAAAACAUGGCUGCAAUGAAAAAAGAAAAAAUUGGCAUCAUUGGAAGUGGCUUAAUUGGUCGCAGUUGGGCAAUGCUCUUUGCUGGCACUGGAUAUCAAGUAAUAAUUUACGAUAUUAUCGAAGAACAAAUCACAAAUGCAUUACAAGAUAUCAAACAACAAUUAAAUCGAUUAGAAAGUGAUAAACUUUUAAGAGGGACGUUGUCAGCACAACAACAAUUUAAUCUCAUCAAGGGAACAUCCGAUAUGAAAGAAAUGGCAAAUGGUGCAAAAUUAAUACAAGAAUGUGUUCCAGAAAAUUUGGAACUUAAGAAAAAAGUUUAUGCACAACUUGACAAAAUUGUUGAUGAUAGCGUUAUUUUAUCCUCAUCAACAUCCACAUUUAAACCUUCACUUUUCAGCGAAAAUUUAAAGCAUCGUGGACAAAUUAUUAUCUCUCAUCCAGUGAAUCCCCCAUAUUAUGUUCCUCUUGUAGAAAUUGUACCGGCUCCAUGGACAAGACCGGAAAUUCCUGUUCAAACUAAAGCAAUAAUGAUUGAAAUUGGCCAAGCACCGGUUGUUCUUAGCAGAGAAAUCGAUGGAUUUGCUCUCAACAGAAUACAAUACGCUAUUUUAAAUGAAGUCUGGCGUUUAGUCGCUGAUGGAAUUUUAGACGUUAAAGAUGUCGAUACAGUAAUGAGCGAAGGACUUGGAAUGCGUUACGCUUUUCUUGGAGCUUUGGAAACUGCUCAUCUUAACGCGGAAGGAAUGAAAAAAUAUUGCGAAAGUUACGCGAAUGGAAUUUACAAUGUAAGUAAAUCCUUUGGUCCUGUUCCAAAAUUCGAGGGUGAAAUGGCAAAAAAAAUAAGUGAACAAUUAAAUAAAAUUUGUCCACUUGAUAAACUUCAAGAAAGACGCGCAUGGAGAGACACGGCUCUCACAAAAUUGUCAAUUCUCAAGAAAGAAAUGUCCAAAAAUUAAUUAUAUUAGAAAAAAAAUGUAAUUUUUUUUAAAAAUUUACUGUUAAUAAAUUUAAAAAAAAAAAAAAAUUUAA